AUGCUGCACAGCUACCACUACUACAUCCUGGCCGCCGCCGGCCUCGUCGGCAACAUCAACGCCCUGCCCCUGAACAUCAACCUCGGCGCCUACUCCCCCGCCCUGGUGGUCGGUGACGGCGAGAUCUCCUUUGGCGGUAAGAGCGACGUCAACAGCCUGAUGAACGUCCUCGAGGGCGCCGCCGUCAACGCCGCCGCAGGUGUGGCCAACGGACAGCAACCCCCGCCCGCCCAAGCCGCGGCCGUCCAGCAGGCGAGCGACAAGCCCCAGCCCGUCAUCAUCAACCCGGCGCCCGCGGCCAAGGGCCAGUCCCUGACCUCGGACCAGCAGGAGGCCCAGCAGAUUGCGUCCUUCCUCGGCAUCGACGGCAAGCAGAUCGACCCCCGCGCCGGGCCCGCCGCCACGGGCAAGAUAGACGGCACGACGGCGAAGCGCGACCUCUCGGGCUUCGACCGCGCCCUGCGCUACGCCGAGGCCGCCCUCGUCAAGGGCCCCAAGGUCCAGCUCGGUACCGGCGCCGAGGGCUCCGGCGUCGGCAUCAUUGUCGACAACAACCAGCAGGCCGCCGCGCGGCCCGGUCGCGGCACCGAGGAGGGCGGCUGCUACUGGCGGCGGCGGCGCGGCUGA